AUGGUGGCGAAGGACUGGGUUGAGAAGACAAAGAGAAUUCUGAAAGUCCUCCACUGCACAGAUAGGCAGAGGGUCUUAUACGCUACCUUCCAGAUGUUUGGGGAGGCGGGGCAUUGGUGGACUAUAGUGAAUUUGCUGGAGAAACAGAGAGCUGGUGUUUCAGAGAUGUCUUGGAACCGUUUCAAGGAGGUGUUCUUUGAGAGAUAUUUCUCGACCUCUGCUCGCGAUGCUAAGAUGGAUGAGUUCUCUGCUCUAAUGCAGGGAGAUAUAAUGGUGCAGUGGCAUGCUGCUCGGUAUAUAGAGCUAUCUCGUUUGGCACCAUGUUUGGUCUCGAGUGAGUACGAGAAGACUCGAAGGUUCAAGAAGGGUUUGAGGAAGUAUAUCCGCAGACAAGUGGGUAUGCUUUAG